GUAAAUCCACAGGCCAUGUGGAAUCGAGGAAGGACCCGAGUGCUCCGAUGCAAGGCCAUCAAUUUUCGUCACGUCCGUCGGCUAAGAGUCCCACACGGUGGUAGACAUGCUCGUGAAUCCUCCCAUGACAGCAAGCACACAUGGCACAAUCCCGUCCAAUCCAGCCCAGAGCCAUAUCACACUUAUCGACAGCCUUAGGCGGGGUAAUGGAACUAUGACCACGCCAUUCUGGAAGCCCGCCUCUCACAAAUGGGAGGUUAGCGCUGUGCAGCUGCAGGAAAUCAAUAGUUCCUGCAAAGUCUUAUCAGGUGGGGGCCAGCUGAGCGUGCACUGCACCAUUCGGCAUUUUAUGGCGCGUCGGAGCGGGGUGUCCUGGUAAUCGCAUGGAGUGUUGGCUGACCAGUUUGGAUCAAAUUGUCGUGUCCAAAGGAGGGCGACUUCUGCAGCCGGUGUUGGUGCAAGGGCACUCUUGGUAUACUUCUGUUGGAAGAGGUGGUACUGCCGUUGG